GUGGAGGGGCCGCGGUGAAGGAGAAGGGGCGGGCCGGGGCGGGCUGACGCAGGCGGGGGCGGGGACUCGCUCGGUCCUGGGGCAGCUUUUAGGGUCGGGCCCGCGCUGGAGCUGCGGUCGCCUGUAGUCGCUGUCACCACUUCUUGUUCACCCUGUGUUGCUGCGAUGGCUGUCAUGAACCAGGACCUUCGCAGGGAGCGGGCCGCCGCCAGCUUCACCCCGGAGCUGCUCACGCACGUCCUGGACGGCAGCCCUGAAAACACCCGGCGCCGCCGAGAGAUCGAGAACCUGAUUCUGAAAGACCCAGACUUCGAGCAUGAGAACUUGAACUUCCUCACUCGGAGCCAGCGUUACGAGGUAGCUGUUAGGAAGAGUGCCAACAUGGUGAAGAAGAUGAGGGAGUAUGGCAUUGCAGACCCUGAUGAAAUCAUGUGGUUUAAAAACUUUGUGCACCGAGGGCGCCCUGAGCCUCUGGAUCUUCAUUUGGGCAUGUUCUUGCCCACCUUGCUUCACCAGGCAACCACGGAACAGCAGGAGCGCUUCUUCAUGCCCGCCUGGAACUUGGAGAUCAUUGGCACUUAUGCCCAGACAGAGAUGGGUCAUGGAACUCACCUUCGAGGCUUGGAAACCACAGCCACUUACGACCCUGAAACUCAGGAGUUUGUUCUCAACAGUCCUACUGUGACCUCCAUCAAGUGGUGGCCCGGUGGACUUGGAAAGACUUCCAAUCAUGCGAUAGUCCUUGCCCAGCUCAUCACGAUGGGGAAAUGCUACGGAUUACACGCCUUCAUUGUGCCUAUUCGUGAAAUUGGGACCCAUAAACCUUUGCCAGGUAUCACUGUUGGAGACAUUGGCCCCAAAUUUGGCUAUGAUGAGAUGGAUAAUGGCUACCUGAAGAUGGACAAUUACCGUAUUCCCAGAGAAAACAUGCUGAUGAAGCAUGCCCAGGUGAAGCCGGAUGGCACAUACGUGAAACCCCUGAGUAACAAGCUGACCUACGGGACCAUGGUGUUUGUCAGGUCCUUCCUUGUGGGGGAAGCGGCUCGCUCUCUGUCGAAGGCGUGCACCAUUGCCAUCCGAUACAGCGCCGUGAGGCACCAGUCUGAGAUGAAGGCAGGUGAACCAGAACCACAGAUUUUGGAUUUUCAAACCCAGCAGUAUAAACUCUUCCCACUCUUGGCCACUGCCUAUGCCUUCCAGUUUGUAGGUGCGUACAUGAAGGAGACCUAUCAUCGGAUUAAUGAAGACAUUGGCCAAGGAGACCUGAGCAAACUGCCAGAGCUCCAUGCCCUCACUGCUGGGCUGAAGGCUUUCACCUCCUGGACAACUAAUGCUGCUAUUGAAGCAUGUCGGAUGGCUUGUGGUGGGCACGGCUAUUCUCAUUGCAGCGGUCUUCCAAAUAUUUACGUCAAUUUUACCCCAACCUGUACCUUUGAGGGAGAAAACACUGUCAUGAUGCUGCAGACGGCUAGGUUCCUGAUGAAAAGUUAUGACCAGGUGCACUCAGGAAAGUUGGUGUGUGGCACAGUAUCCUACUUGAAUGACCUGCCCAGUCAGCGCAUCCAGCCACAGCAGGUAGCAGUCUGGCCUACUCUCGUGGACAUCAACAGCCCUGACAGCCUCACAGAAGCAUAUAAGCUCCGCGCAGCCAGAUUAGUAGAAAUUGCUGCGAAAAACAUGCAAACUGAAAUGAUUCACAGAAAGAGCAAGGAGGUAGCGUGGAACCUAACUUCCAUUGACCUUGUUCGAGCAAGUGAGGCACAUUGCCACUAUGUGACAGUUAAGCUCUUUUCAGAAAAACUCCUCAAAAUUCAAGAUAAACCCAUCCACGCUGUCUUAAGGAAUUUAUGUCUCUUAUAUUCUCUGUAUGGAAUCAGUCAGAAAGCAGGGGAUUUCCUGCAGGGGAGCAUCAUGACAGAGUCUCAAAUUACCCAAGUAAACCAGCGAAUAAAGGAGUUACUGACGGCAGUUCGCCCCGACGCUGUUGCUUUGGUUGAUGCGUUUGAUUUUCAGGACGUGAUGCUUGGCUCUGUGCUUGGCCGCUAUGACGGAAAUGUAUAUGAAAACUUGUUUGAGUGGGCCAAGAAAUCCCCACUGAACAAAGCAGAGGUCCAUGAAUCUUACCAUAAGCACCUGAAGCCACUGCAAUCCAAGCUCUGAAAUGUCUAGGUGACAAGUUGAAUCUGCUCUAGAAAGCAGCGGUACUUGACUUCCCUUUUACCAUCACACAAAUCUUCAUGGAAUCUUCAUCAAAUUCAGAGAGCUCUGGUGCAAAUGAUAAAUUGAUCCCUUUCCUCUUUUUAUAAAUGAAGGAAAAAAGGACAGAUUUCAAUGAUUAAAUGAAAAAACAGAUGUGUUUUAAGUGCAGUUAACACUGAAAGAGAUCUAUUAAGCAUCAGAAAAAGCUUUAAGAAAUGCAGUAUGACUUGAUUUGUAAUGCUGCUGAUCCCAGUAGGCCAUGACUUUUGAUAAUUAGUAGAAUUUAACUACUAAGUAGUUAAUUAUUUUCACGUCUUAAUUGCUAAUCACUGGAUAUAUAACUGUUUUUAAGCAAAGGUAUUUUUUAAGUGGAGUAGAACCCCUCGAGUUUUUCCUGCUAAAUGUCUACCACUCUUGCCAUCGGCCCUGGCUAAGCAGGACUGAAGAAAAGGGGUUGUGGGAAAGAAGAUAAUCAGGAAACUUAGUGUGAGUGAGUUGUGCUGGUCACACUGACGCAUCUUCUGCCUGCUUGCCCUCCUUUGCUUAUGUAUUGUUCCUGUCUAACUCUUCAUGGAAGGGUGUUCAGCACAGGCCUCCUACAGGAUCAUUAUCCCAUGUAGCUAGAAUUAAUCCUCCAUUUGAGGGGUCCCUAAACUGUCACUUUGUCCCCAACUCCUUGGGAAGGAAUAGGUAGCAAAGUUACCUCUACCUAUAAUUUUUGUUACCUUGUGGGGCCUCAGUCAAUGGUGUUUUAUCUCUCUGCCUCCCUCCCUCUCCUGAAGGAGAUGCUGAAGAAAGGAGAGUCACAGUUCCUUGUUAGGAGAAUUAAUGUAGGCAGAUCUCAAUUACGGUUACUGUAACUUUGGUGACCAUAUCAGCUGGCUUUUCUGGAAGAAUAGAUUUCAUACAUUCUGUCAUUUUGGCAUAAGCCAUUAAAAUGCUUGGAGGUUUAGGAUGUCUAGCCCUACAAAAAUAAAAGCAUCACUGAGGUUCUCCUCUACAUCUGAAGAGUAGUGCAGAAAAAUCCUUUGACAAACCAUGUGUUCUGAUUUUUAGAUCAGAAAGUAUAAUUAAAACUGUGGCUACGGGUAAAUGGAAGUUCCUAUAAUCUAUUUCUUACUAUGUAUCUGGCUUUAUUUUCAGUAUGCUUCUAGGAGCUUUAUCUGAAUUGCUAAAUUGUUCUUUCAGCUGAAAUCUAAUUUGCAUACUCAUUCUAUAUUUAAAGGUCAAACAUGGACCUCUUAAUGAAUUUUUCUCUUAAAAAAAUGAAUGUAAAACACAUCACUUGAUUUUUUUUUCUUUAACUGUAUCUGCGGCAUCUGCCUCAUGAAAACAGUUGUUCUAGAAUCAGUAAUAAGAAUGUAGUAUAAUUCAUUUGAAAUGUAAUUCCUACCUUGGGACCUGACAUAAAGUCUAUCCCAGUAGAACCAGUAGUGUGAGGCUGAGGUCCAGCAGAGAUACUCUAUUGACACAAGCCUUAAUCCUGCCACCAGGAGAACUGAUGGAUAAUUGUUAAGACUGAAGUAAAACACUCCAUGUUAAUAUUAGGGUAUAUCUGACAGUACAGAUUUUGGGAAGUAACGUAAAUAUAAAUUAUUUAAUAUUCACCUGUUAAAUAUAGAAUCGUUUCAAAAUUUGUGACUAAAUUCCUUAUUCACAGAUGAACAUCUCUAGUCAGGAUCUGAGGGUGUUUGAAAUGACACCCACCUAAUCCAGAGUGCAAAGGUCUAGAGGUGUCUCUUAGCAGGUCUGAGCAGGUUGUAGGCACUACAGAGGCACCUUCAGUCCAGCACCUUAAGUUUUAUUUUAAAACUGAUAUUUGAUAACUAAUUUUGUUAACAUUGGGAUGUUUUGUCUUGAACUUUAUUCACUGUGAUCAAGGAAUAAAGAUAGUAAAAUCUCACUAAUCUGUGCUAUCAAGACUGGAAAGAGUGUGCCACAUAACUAAAUGUUUAAGUUUUGAGAAUCUUUAUUAGGUUUAGGUAACACUUAAGAACAAAAAAAAGGAGUGAGACCUCUCAGCAGACAACUCAGAAUCUGCAGUAAUGCUCUGUAUGUAGCAGCGUGGGUAUGCAGGUCCCUGCCGGGGUACACGAUCUGCUGGCUACUUGUUUAAGGAAGCAGCAGAUCCAGUUUGUUCUCCCUCAGAAGCCAGACUUUACCAGAUAAGUUUUGUUCUAUUGGGUUCUUUGGUGAACCAUUUUCACAAAAAGUACAAAGGUUAAUUUCAGGGUAGUCUUCUCCAAAAUGAUAAAUACUGAGUAGAAUUAAUGAGGUUUUUCUAGUAGAUGAGAACUGAAGUAAACCUUUUUUUAAAAAGUGCUCUAAACAGUACCCAAUAUUGGAAAUUUGAGUUUAAUAGAGAUGUUUGUUAUUUGUAAUGAAUGAAGGUUGAUUCUUCCUCAGGUAUUUGGAGCUCUACUUUAUGUUCUACCAGAUGCAUGCUGAGGUGUGUAUCAGUGUUUGGACAUGAAUAACCUCCAAGCACAGUUGGUUCUAAAGCCUUGGGGAACCCUUCAUGUUGUCAAAAGAACAUAGCACUGCUAAGUAUCAGUUUAUCUUAGAACAUUAUCUUAAUGGUGAUAUUAACUGUGUUUACAUGCUUUCUGAGAACUCACUGCUUGUAAUUUCAAAUUUACAUAUACCUGGAGGCAGUUUAUGGUCCCUAACUUAGCAUGUUGGAUGUUGGUUCUUGGAUUUUCUUCAGUGCAGGGCUUUGGUUGGAGAAAUAACUUCAAAUUCAUGAUCCUGGAAUUUUCUGGGGAAUGAAAAUUCUUCAGAUAACUGCUAAUCAAAGUUCUUCCUCUCCUUUUCUAUUUCCACUGAUCUUAAUAGGAAGGAAGGAAUUAGUUACAAAUAGUCUGUAACACCAGCUAAUCUUUAUAUAUGUAGAAGGUAUGCCUGGGGUCAUAGGUUGUCUACAAGCAGUAAUUGCUAAUGCAGCUGGAGAGAGGAACAGUGCCAGGAAUCGAUUAUUCUACCUGAGACCAAGAGUCUUGUUCACCUUCCUAACUCAGAUAAAGGUUUUGAUCAGUUUCAUAGAAUAAUGCAGAGAUCAUCUUAGCUAAUUGAAUAUUUACUACUAAAUUCUUGGAGGGUAAGACCAGUGCACACUUAACAAAUGACUAAAGUGACUUUUCAUCUUAAAAUACUGGUGUUUUGCUUUUAUCUAUACAUUAAAUUUUUCACUUACUAUGGUCUGUGACACUAAACAUAAAAAUACAUAAGGAAACUGGACUUAACCAAGUGUUAACCGUUGCAAUCCUGCAAAUUCCUAGAUUACAAGGUUUGUUUUUGAUACUGCCUUAAAUUUAAGUGGGCCAUUGAUUAUCUGGGGAAAAUCAUGGAAGAUUGGGAGUGAUUUUAAGAAUAAUGAACCGAAAUAAGUUGUUUUGCCACAAUUAUGUGGACUCAACAGAUUAGGUAACAAGUACAUGAUCUUCCACAUAAUAUUCAGACUGCUGGCUAGUACUUGGUAAACACCGUUUUUUUUCCCCACUUGCUAUGAAUUCAAGGAAAUGAUUUGUAUCUCUUGGAGUGUAUACUUUACUUUGCUACCUUUUUUCUUUCUGUUGUGGUUUGAGUUUGGUUUCUAACUGACAAGGUGCAUUAGAAUGUAUUGUUACCCAUCCUUGGCUGGAGGUGUCUUUGGGAUGGGAGUACCCAGGAGGUGCAUGGGUCCAGAGCAUGUGGAUCAUGGUCAGAGGUGACCCGCCAGCACUGCUUGGCCUGUGGGUAAGCCAAACCACUAACCCCUUUUCCUUUGUAAAAUUGAAAGCCCCUUAAUAAAGUCUUUAACACAAA